UUUGUUUGUUUCAUAACUGAAUCAGAGUAUAUCAGUAAUAAAAAAAAUAAAUGAUCCAAAAAUUAAUAAUAAUAAUAAAAGAAGAGACUUGAUGAUGUUCACAUGAAUAUUCCAAUUCCAAAAAUUGGUCCACUCCAUUUUUCACUCCCUUUACUAUUUUCCUACUCACAAUCACACAUUCAACUCUCCUUCUCCUCGCUCAGAGUCUCAUACUCAGACAAACCAUUUUCUUUUGGCCCAAUUUCCAGCUCACAAUAUUAACCCCAAACUCCCGGCCCCCCCCCCCCACCCCCCCCCCUCUUCCCCCCUUUUAACUCGUCGGUCUCGUCCUUCUCCUUCUCUCUCUCUUUUCCUUUUCCUUCACAAUCAUGGCAGCAAACAAUGCAGACCCAUGUAUUAAAAUGCCACUUUAGCUCGCCGUAGAUCCAAAUUUUGAAGCUUUUCAAUCGAAUAAAGAUAACCCAUUUGAUUAAAUCGUCCAACUUUGUCGACCCUCCGUUGAAAUGGGUGGUCUGAGGGAGUCGUGGUGCUUCUGCAAAGGAGUCAGCAAGUCUGAGAAGAUGAAGGCCGCCAUUUUCUCCGGCAAGGCUCCGGCCAUGGCCAUAAUUUCCGGCGCCGCAAAUGGGAUCUCCGGUACGGGAUUCCUGAUCCACCGUAGUCUACUAUUGACCACCCACGUCAACCUUCCGUCUGUGGCGGCUGCCGAGAGCUCCGAGAUCCGGCUGCAAAACGGUGUCGCUGCAAGUCUCGUUCCCCAAAGAUUUUUCAUCACCAGCUCCAUUUUAGAUCUCACAAUAGUAGGUCUGGAUGUGGUGGAUGGAGAUUCAAAUGCCCAAGGCCACCUCCACCACUUGAAGACCUGCUCUAAACCAAGCCUGGAUCUCGGCAGUGUAGUUUACCUUCUAGGCUACACGGAGAAGAAGGAUUUGACAGUUGGUGAAGGUAAGGUAGUGAUUGCCACAGACAAUCUCAUAAAAUUGUCAACUGAUGGAGUAACAUUGAGCCCUGGUUCAGCUGGAUUUGACGCACAAGGGAAUCUUGCAUUUAUGAUAUGUGAUCCGAUGAAACUAGCAACAUCUCCAAACACCAAAUCCUCAUCAACUUCCUCAUCAUCCUCCUCAUCAUGGAAGAAGGAUCACCCGAUGCAAUUUGGUAUUCCCAUUCCAAUCAUUUGUGAUUGGUUAAAUCAGCAUUGGGAGGGCAGUCUCGAUGAUCUUAACAAGCCUAAGCUACCACUCAUUCGGUUAAUGUCUUCUGCCCAGAAAAGUGAGCACUCUUGUGCUUCCUUCACACAGCGGCAAGUUUUUAAGUCAACUGAAGGUGAUAAUGAUGGAACACCUUCGUCAUCAAAUACAAUCUCAAAACCUAGGGACCAGCAUGGACCAAGCUGCUCUGCUGCCGCAAACACUGUUGAAGAAGAGGCCCUAACAGGUGAUCCUCAUGCUGCACAUUUACAAGGUAUUCCUACUCCAGAAAUUUAUGAAUCACCGAAGUUAACAGCUAUCCCUCUUCGGAGAAGAGAAGGUUCCCCAGUUCAGCUUUUGGACAUUAAUUUUCCUCCAAGGGUUGCAAAACCAGCAGUUCUACCACAGUCAACCAAAAAGUUACUCCCGAAUUCUGGUGAGAAUUUUGUCAGGGAGCCUCCUGAGCAGAUCCCAGUAAGAGAAGGAAACAGAAUUGAGUUUAGAGGACCAGCCAGUCCUGAUGCAAAUGCUGAAAUUGCCUCGACGGGUUCUUUUAAUGGGGCCCAAAGUGAGGUUGAGUCGAGUUCAUUACCCGUAGGUGCUUCAGAUAUGCAGAAUGGGUAUAGUAGUGAGGGAGAGACUAUGUACUCUGCUGAAACUGCUGAGAGUCGAAAUUAUACUACUCCUGCAGAUGGAAAGUUUCAACAAGUGGGAAGGAGCCAGAGUUGUGUGAACUAUAAUAGAUGGGGAACCACCCAAAGUAACCCAGUGCAGCGCAGGGCGUUGCUAGAAAAGCAGAGGAGCUUUAUCCAUGGAAGGAAGAUGCAUUCGCAAGCAGCAACUUCUCAAAGGAGCAAUGACUACUACAGCCCAACUGUCUCCUCAAUCAUGAAGAAGCGGAACUCAGAGCAGCCUGUCAGACCCCGGCAAAUUGCUGUUCAUUCCUCCCCAAAAUGGAACUUCUGAGUUGAUUCAUAUCAAAUGUGACACCGGAAAAUGAUUAGCAUGAAGAACGUAUAGUGUUUUGAGUUAAAACGCCCGUUUAAUUUCCACUAUGGUAUAGUGUAACAAAUUUGUUGUGAAUGUGCAGAGAGACAGAUAUCAGGUGAAUAAGAAAAUUCAGCAAAGUUGUAAUUUUGCUCCUA